UUUGCACUGAAUGGCUUGUAACAAAGACCCUAGACUUGGUAUCCUCUCACAAAACACCAACCGGGGCAUAAGUCUAUAAUUGGCGCAUCCUCCCACGCACCUCCAUCUACCUCCAAAUACCCUCGGCCGACGUCCCCCUGGAUAUCAUCGAUCACCAAAUCGGGGAUGGUCAUCACUAUUGUCUUCCCGGGGCAAUCCCGGAUCAUUAUGAAGAACCCAUCCAAAAUGAAGAUGAUGAAGAACCACCAAUCAUACCCGAACAACCCCCACUAAUGCCUGAACAACCACAACCUCAAGCUUUUCACUACACACCUUUCGAGCAACAAAUGCUCGAUAACAUGGCCAUGCUCAACAACAACUACACCCAACUUCGGAAUGAAGUUGGAUUAUAUCGUACGGAGCACAGGCAGAGCUUUGAGAGGAUGGAGGAGCAGCGGCAGGCAGACUGGCGUAGAUAUGAGGAAGACCGCCGGAGAGAUGAGGAGGACCUACGGAGGACCUAUGGUCCUAUUUAUUCCUAUAUGGCGCAUCAGGGUGGAUUUGCAUCUAUGACCACUCCCCCUCCCGCACCCUCUUGGUAUGAUCCCACUGCAUGGGGUUAUUUUGGAGGCUCGAGUUCCGGUGGUGGAGGCGAUGGUGGUGGUUAUGGCGGUAAUCACAUGGAUGAGGACAGACACCAUGGUGGCGGUAUGGGCGGGCACUAGGGACAGUGCAAUGACUCGGCUGGGGGGAGACUGUUCUGGAUCCUAAGGGUGAUGAUGAAAGAGAGUUCGUUGGUGAGAGAACCGAUUUCGAAGACCUCUUGAUGUUGGGGAUAUUUUUUGUAAUCAUUCUGCUUCUAGAUACACUUUAUGGUGGUUGUCUUGAUACUGUUGUUUUGAAGACUUCAUGGACAUGAUUUAUUUUACUCGAGACGAGUAAAAGUUCAAGUGUGGGGGUAUUUGAUAUGCACUAGUUAGUAGUGCAUAAAUGUGUAUUUUUAUAUCUUGUUUUGUGUGGAUUGUUUACCAUUUGUGUGUAGUUGUAAACAUUUGUUUACUUUUUAUUUGUAAGUGUUUUUAGCUUUUAUUUGUGGGUUAGGAAGUUUUGGUAGAAUUGUUGGCAAGGAAAAGGAAGAAAAACAAGGAGAAUGCUGCCCAGAAGUAUAAACCCGACCGAGUAGAAACCUUCACCCGAUCGGGUUUGAAUUAACAUUUGUAGUCUCCAGGAAAUUGCUUGGUCCGGUCGGGCCCUAUACCUCACCCGGUCGGGUGAGACUUGACCGAAGACAACCCGACGUGCUGAAGAACACUAGAACGUGGAAAAUAUUUGAUUCGGACCGGUACCCGGUCGGGUAGAUACUCUACCCGGUCGGGUACUCGGCCAAAGGUGUUGAAAAACACCUAUAAAUAGCACACUUUUCC